AACACACACACCAGGGUAGGUUUCCCAGGGAGACCAGGAAGCUGAGCUGGAGGGAGUGUAUUUUCCUCCUCCCCCUUCUUCCUCUUUGUAGAUGAACCAGGAAGUAAAGUUUUGUCUCUCCAGCUUUUAAAAUUAAGAAAAGCAAGAAGAAGGCGUCAGAACUGGAGGAAGGAAGAAUAGAGUGAUACAAACUCCACGAAGUAACCAUGACAACGUUAAUUCACCGAGGGCGGCGUGCGGAUGUCGGGAGGAGCGGCGAGAAGCGACCAGAGGGCGAGGAGGACGCUGAAUUAGACCAGAGCUUGGGCGAGGAGGAUUCUGGCGACUGCAAAGACAUCCGCCUCACGCUCAUGGAGGAAGUCCUGUUGCUAGGACUGAAGGACAAAGAGGGCUAUACGUCUUUCUGGAAUGACUGCAUCUCUUCCGGACUGCGGGGGGGCAUCCUCAUUGAGCUGGCAAUGAGAGGAAGGAUACAGCUUGAGCCACAAACGAUGCGGAAAAAGCGGCUGCUGGACCGGAAGGUCCAUCUAAAAUCUGAUGCCCCGACUGGGGAUGUCCUCUUGGACGAAACACUCCGCCACCUCAAAGCCACGGAGUCUCCCGAGACUGUGCAGACCUGGAUUGAGUUGCUGACAGGCGAAACCUGGAACCCCUUCAAGCUGCAGUACCAGCUGCGCAACGUCCGCGAGCGGAUCGCCAAGAACCUGGUGGAGAAGGGCAUCUUGACGACCGAGAAGCAGAACUUCCUCCUCUUCGACAUGACCACCCACCCGGUCACCAACACCACGGAGAAGCAGCGCUUGGUGAAGAAGCUCCAGGAGAGCGUUCUAGACCGGUGGGUCAACGACCCCCACCGCAUGGACAGGAGGACCUUGGCGCUGCUAGUCCUGGCCCACGCGUCCGACGUGCUGGAGAAUGUCUUCGCUAACCUGGUGGAUGAGAAAUACGACGUGGCCAUGAACAGGUCCAAGGACCUGCUAGAUAGGGACCCUGAGGUGGAGGCGGCUAAAGCGACCGGCAUGGAGAUGAUCUGGGCUGUCCUGGCAGCCUUCAACAAGUCCUAAGUCUUCCGGGCAAAAGAACGGCUGGUUGGAACGAGCUUCACCUUUUCUCUCUAGGAAUGGACUCUAUGGAAUCUUCCCCUGCUCCUGAGCAGGGAGCGUUAGGGGCUCUCCUCUUGCCACGCCCACCCCAAACGCUGGGCAUGGUGGACAACGUUCUCUGAUAGGAAUGCCUGUACCUUUGCCACCAUCACCACUUUUCCUUGGAUUUGGGGACUGCUGGAUUGCAAGAAAGAGCAAAUAAUUGUUUGUGUCUCUUGUCCCGCCCCGCCCACACCCAAUUUUUUCCCUACUUAUCAAGCUAAAUGAAGGUCUGUGUCUGAUAGAACUGGAUUGAGCCAUGUUACUUUUUCUUUCUCUCUCUCUUUCUCUUUGAAAGCAUUUCCCCCCCCCCAUUCCUUUUUUGUGUGUUAGUGGGGGGUGGAUUUCCGUCUGUGUGCGAUGUAUGGGUCUUGUUCAGUUUUGGUUCUGUUUUUGUUUUAUCCUACAGGAUUCGGUUUCGCCCAGUCUCAUGUUUUGAUCCGAGUUGCUUCAACUCUUGUGCUGUACUCCUUGUGUGUGUUGAAAAAGAGCAUUACAGCACAAUCUCUAUGCAA